UGAAGUUACUAGGUUCAUCUGUGUUGUUACUGUGCAGUAUCAUGAUGGCAAAUGGUACAAUUUCUGAGCUUUCAUGGAGACAAAUCAGCAUUAUCAAUGGUGAAGGACCAUACAUUGGUAUAGUGGUGCCAAAUUCCUUUGAGUUGGAUCCUCUUCUUCGUUCAUCAAGCUUUCAACCUCAUCACAACUUUCCUUACUUCAAUUAUGCAGGAAAACAUUUUCGUAUUGGUGUAUUGGAAAAUAAGAGGGUUGUAGUUGUUAUGUGUGGAUUGGGAAUGCUAAAUGCAGGUGUUUCAACCCUGUUGUUGCUUACUUUAUUUGAUGUGAAAGGAGUUCUUCAUUAUGGAAUUGCAGGAAAUGCUAAUCCUAAACUCCAGAUUGGAGAUGUCACUAUUCCACAAUAUUGGGCACACACAGGACUUUGGCAUUGGCAGAGGUUAGGAGAAGAAAAUGGAGAUUUCAACACAAAAUUUGGUUAUCUUGAGUUUUCCGAUUACAGUAACAGCACAAAAGAUUUCAACACUGAUACAAAUCUUUUGAACAAAGUGUGGUAUCAACCAGAAGAACUUUUCCCUGUGAAUGGAAUUCCAGAAGCUAGACACCACAUUUUCUGGACUACAGUUGACAAGACUUACUUUAAAAUUGCAGGAAAACUGAAGAAUGUUAAAUUGGAGAGUUGUGUCAACACAACAUGUUUGCCAAGGAAGCCUAUUGUGACAAGAGUGAAGAAAGGAGUAGCAGCCAAUGUGUUUGUUGAUAACAAAGCUUACAGAGAAUUUUUGUACUCCAGAUUUGAUGCAACUACUAUUGAUAUGGAAAGUGCUGCUGUUGCAUUAGUCUGCCUCCAACAAAAGAAACCCUUCGUUGCCAUUAGAGCUUUAUCUGAUUUAGCUGGUGGAGGUUCUGCAUUGUCCAAUGAAAUAAACGUUUUUGCCUCCUUAGCAUCGCAGAAUUCAUUUGAAGUUCUUGUCAAGUUCAUAUCCCUGUUAAAUUAGUAGCCUAAUAUCUUUCUUAAAAAGUUAAAUUAGUGGUCUAAUGUCUUUCAAAUAAUGUGUUACCAAUUCAUAGAUGUUGUUUAC